CUGACCCCUGCAAUCACUUUGGACUAUUUGCUUUUCCUGCCUGGAGCCCUUGAAACCAGGAGGGGCUUUGGGAGUUGGGAGUGCUUUUGCUCAGAUGCAGACUCUUGCAAAUCUCAGAAACGAAUGGUGAUGGUAUGACCAAGAAGCUUCCUUCCCCUGGGAGCGCGUGACCAUUGGCACUAAUAACAACAGGUCCCUUUAAGAUUUUGGUCCAUGGUGGAAACUUGCUUGUUCCUCACCACCAGGCCCAUUGCGUCUCCACUUCUAAGGCAGCGGCGGCGGCGGUAGCUGUGGGGAAAAGCGGAUUCCGCCCGAAACCACACCAAGGGGAGCUCGCGGUCGCGACUUGCCGCCCUAAGCACUCUCCCAAGUCCGGCCCGCUCCGCGAGGACUUCCGUCUCCUGGGCGAACCCUGUCAAGCAAGCUGGGAUCUAUGAGUGGAAAGGUGACCAAGCCCAAAGAGGAGAAAGAUGCUUCUAAGGGAUGGCAGAAUUUUUUAAAUGGACCUUCAAAGUGAUUUCAAGAGUGGAUUGGGUGUCUGGGCAGCUGCAGCAGAGAAAGUAACAAAUCCCUGCCUUUAUCUCUUGGUCAGAGUGAAUGAGGGGACAGCAGUUCUGGAUGACGCCCCCCCUGGCACACAGGAAUACAUUAUGUUACGGCAAGAUUCCAUCCAAUCUGCGGAAUUAAAGAAAAAAGAGUCCCCCUUUCGUGCUAAGUGUCACGAAAUCUUCUGCUGCCCGCUGAAGCAAGUACACCACAAAGAAAACACAGAGCCCGAAGAGCCUCAGCUUAAGGGUAUAGUUACCAAACUAUACAGUCGACAAGGCUACCACUUGCAGCUGCAGGCAGAUGGAACCAUUGAUGGCACAAAAGACGAGGACAGCACUUACACUCUGUUUAACCUCAUCCCUGUGGGUCUUCGAGUGGUGGCUAUUCAAGGAGUUCAAACCAAGCUGUAUUUGGCAAUGAACAGUGAGGGAUACCUGUACACCUCGGAACAUUUCACACCUGAGUGCAAAUUCAAAGAAUCAGUGUUUGAAAAUUAUUACGUGACAUAUUCAUCGAUGAUAUACCGUCAGCAGCAGUCAGGCCGAGGGUGGUAUCUGGGUCUGAACAAAGAAGGAGAGAUCAUGAAAGGAAAUCAUGUGAAGAAGAACAAGCCUGCAGCCCACUUUCUGCCCAAACCACUGAAAGUGGCCAUGUACAAGGAGCCGUCGCUGCACGAUCUCACGGAGUUCUCCCGAUCUGGAAGCGGGACCCCAACCAAGAGCAGAAGUGUCUCCGGUGUGCUGAAUGGAGGCAAAUCCAUGAGCCACAAUGAAUCAACGUAGCCAGUGAGGGCAAAACAAGGGCUCUGUAACAGAACCUUACCUCCAGGUGCUGUUGAAUUCUUCUAGCAGUCCUUCACCCAAAAGUUCAAAUUUGUCAAUGACGUUUACCAACAAACAGGCAGAAUUCACUAUUCUAUCUGCCAUUAAACCUUCUUAUCAUCCGUACUCAAGCCCCAUAACUUAGAUAGAGCUUGUGCAAAAGAAUGCCAGGCAUUAUCAGUGAACUAAAUCUGGGAGAAGGACUGCCCAAUUUUCUCAUGAUCUCACCUAUACUUUGGGGAUGACAAACCAAAAAUAUUUCACAGCACUAAUGCUGAUAAAAAUUUGUUCUCCAACCAAGAAAAUUUAAAAGACCACAAUUGCUAUUCAAAAACGAAAAACAUAACAAAAUAAAAUUAACUGCUUAAAUGUUUUGUAGGGGCAAACAAAAUUAUGUGAACUGUGUUGUUUUCUUGGCUUAAUGUUUUCUAUCUACGCUUGAUUCAAGUGUAUUAUUUACUUUGGUAUAGUGCAACUUUAUGAUUUAUGAAAUUCAAUGGUUCUAUUGACUCUGCGUCACUUAAUCCAAAUCAACCAAAUUCAGGGUUGAAUCUGAAUUGGCAUCUCAGGCUCAAGGUAACAGUGUUCUUGUGAUUUUACCAGUUUUUUUUAGAUUUGUAGUAUUCUGGUCAAGUUCUUGUGCUGUACUUUGUGCGUAGAAAUUGAGUUGUUUUGUCAACCCGUCAGUAAAUAUUUACUUUAAAAAAAAGAUUAUCCUCAAGUGUAGAUUUCUCUUAAUUCCAUUUGUGUUAUCAUGUUAAACUAUUGUUGUGGCUUCUUGUGUAAAGACAGGAACUGUGGAACUGUGAUGUUGUCUUUUGUGUUGUUAAAUAAGAAAUGUCUUAUCUGUAUAUGUAUGAGUCCUCCUGUCGUUGUAUUUGGCACGUGAAUAUUGUGUACAAGGAAAUGUUCAGACCGGUUACCCCUAAACAACAUAUACUUAUACUUGCUUCUGGAAAAGUGUUUAAGACUUAGCUAGGUUUCCAUUUAGAUCUUUAUAUCUGUUGCAUGGAAGAAAGUUGGAAUCUUGGCAUAGAGUUGCAUGAUGUGUAAGAUUUUGUGCAUUAAUAAUUGUUAAAAUCUGUGUUCCAAAAGUGGACAUAGCAUGUACAGGCAGUUUUCUGUCCUGUGCACAAAAAAGUUAAAAAAAAAGUUGUUUAAUAUUUGUUGUUGUAUACCCAAAUACGCACCGAAUAAACUCUUUAUAUUCAUUCAA